AGGCACAGAUGCGCAGUGAGACUGUGUUUGGUUCAUUCACUUAUACUCACUGGACGUCCUGUGGUUGGCGCCGCUGCUCCUGCCUUAAUCCGCCUUCAGUCCGCCAGUCGAACACCGGCAGCCCCAAGACCCGGACCAUGGACACCACACGCGGCAGCAAGGAGAUGGUGAUCCUGGCAGGGAACUCUCACCCAGAGCUGGCCAACCUCAUUGCCAGUCGCCUGGGUAAGCCUUUAGGCAACGUGUCUGCCUACCACAGCAGCAACCGAGAAACUAUGGUGGAGAUUGAUGACUCAGUAAGAGGGCGAGAUGCAUUUAUUCUUCAGACGGGUACAAACCGGCUAGAGGCGCCAGUAGGGAGGGCGGAGGUGAAGGAAAUGGCCAACCGAGAGACAAGUGUUGAGAUCAUGGAGUCUGUGAGAGAGAAGAGCGUUUACCUCAUACAAACAGCCAAUCCCAAAGACGUCAACAACAACAUCAUGGAGCUGUUGAUUAUGGCCUACGCCUGCAAGACCUCAUCAGCCCGCAACAUUGUGGGCGUCAUUCCGUACCUGCCAUACUGCAAACAGAGCAAGAUGAGGAAGCGAGGCUGCAUUGUCUCCAAGCUGCUUGCUAAGAUGAUGUACAAGGCUGGUUUGACACACAUCAUCACCAUGGACCUGCACCAGAAGGAGAUCCAGGGCUUCUUCGAGUGUCCUGUUGACAACCUGCGAGCCUCACCCUUCCUUCUGCAGUACAUCCAGGAGAGUAUCCCAGACUACCGCAAUGCAGUGAUUGUGGCGCGGGAUCCUGGCUCUGCUAAGAAGGCUACCUCCUAUGCUGAACGUCUGAGGCUAGGAAAUGGCAUUGCAGUCAUCCAUGGCGAACAGAAAACCAAUGAGGAUGAACAAGCAGAUGGCCGCAACUCGCCGCCUCUCGUGGAGCAUUCCCGUAUCAUGGAUGUCGGGGUUGGCGUGCCUGCUCUAGCUGCCAAGGAGAAGCCCCCUAUCAAUGUAGUGGGAGAUGUUGGAGGGCGCAUUGCUAUCAUGGUGGAUGACAUGAUUGAUGACGUGGCUUCCUUUGUGGCGGCGGCAGAGGUACUGAAAGAUCGUGGUGCUUACAAGAUCUAUGUCAUGGCCACUCAUGGACUCCUCUCCUCAGACGCCCCUCGGCUCAUUGAUGACUCCCCAAUUGAUGAGGUGGUGGUGACAAACACUGUGCCUCAUGAGAUUCAGAAGAUGCAGUGCCACAAGAUUAAGACUGUUGACAUCAGCAUCCUCCUAGCAGAAUCCAUCCGCCGCAUCCACAACAACGAGAGCAUGAGUUACUUGUUCCGCAAUGUUACCUUAGAAGAUUAAGUACUACCUACUGACACAGUCUUGUUAGCUGGGUGUAAUGGAGGUAAGCUUCUUAGAUUGCUUAGUUGGACAGGUGGAGAAGUAACACUGAAUUUUGAGGUUUUACUUGGUAAAUACUAGUACUGUAUACCUACUAUAACUGAACUUUAUACAUAUAUAUAAUUUUAUGGUAGCUUUGUGUUCAUUUGUUGUUUGGGGCUUGGGAAUGGUUUAUUAUGUACUGAACUGUUUUUACAUAUUUCUAAAGAAGUGUAUCCAGCCACAUUUACUGUAAGAUUGGAAAAUCUUUUCUAGUUGAUAAAGAAUACUUUAUAAAACAGGAAAUGAGUAUCUAACCAUAUUUAGGCAGAGCAUCAUGCUGACAUUUUGUAUAUGUAUAGCAAUAACCAAGAUGUGCUGAUUCUGCUCAUAUCCUCCAAUAUCUGUAGUACUCCUGCAUAUGUAUGCAGUGCUACAUAGAUAGACAGGUAGACAUACUUGGUCAGAGAAAUUUGUGGAUAAAAUUUGUUGCAAUUUAGCAUCACAGUUAAUUGUGUGUUUCGAGGUUAAGGAUUUUAUCUCCUAGUGGUAAGGGAAUGCACAUUACAGAGUAUAUCUCUUAACCUUUACCUUCAGAGAUGAUAUUUUGUUACUCAAACAUAUCUUUAGGUAUAUAAUUACAUAUAUAAGAAUAAAUUGAAAUUAUAUUUUAUGCAAUUUAUAUACUAAUAUUGCAAAGAAGUGAGUUGAAUAGAUUAUUUUACAUGAAUUAAUUAGAUUUUUUUUUUUGCAGUAGGUGCAUAGGGGAUAUGGGAAGUCAUAUAAUAUGAAUGGAUGAAGAGGUGAAUAUUUUACAGAAAGAAUAUAUAUAUAUAUAUAUAUAUAUAUAUAUAUAUAUAUAUAUAUAUAUAUAUAUAUAUAUAUAUAUAUAUAUAUAUUAUUAUUAUUAUUAUUUUAUUUAUUUAUUUUUUAUUUUUUAUUUUUUUUUUUUUUUAGAGAUAAUUGCUAUGAAGAAUUACCAGUAAGUGUUGUAACCCACUAAUCAUUGCCUCAUGCAUACUACUACUACUACUACUACUACUACUACUACUACUACUACUACUACUACUACUACUACUACUACUGGUGUUGCCUUCACCGCAAAAACUGUAUUCCUCCUGUAAUACCACUACAACAACCGCUGCCAGUGUAACCCUAAGUGAUCACAGCUUGCUUGCGAAGUCUUGUAUUCAGGAAUUGUUCAAUGUAGUAAUGUGUUCAGUAUCCAGGAAUUAGUGAUGCAGUACUAUAAUAUAUUUGUUCAUUGCUCUGUUGUCUUAAAUAUGUUAAUGAUGUUUUAUCUUUUAAAUCCUAGUAUUAUUUUCGCGAGUCAUGUUUUCGUGUUUUGGUUACACAUUUAUUAUAUAUCCAUAAGGUUUAUUAAUAAUUUGAAUAUUAAUCUAUUAUUUAGUCAUGUUUUUAUUUGAAUUCACAUUAACACGUUUUUCAUUCAUUUUGGUUUCAUAGUAUGACAUUUUUUAUGGGACUAUAAGAUUCUGAACACUUGUACUUGUUUAUAACUUAGCAUUUCGUAUUUUUAUUUAUUUUAUUUUUCCACCUGGGAUCGAUGGAUCGUGUGUGUGUGUGUGUGUGUGUGAUGAAGGAUUGCUUACCGAUUAUACAUAGAUUUUUUAUUAUUAUUAUUAUUAUUAUUUUUAUUAUUAUUAAUGUUUUAGCAUACCAGUCUCCGUGUAUCUCAACCCAACCGCGCCUUGAUCUGUUUACUAACCGUACAUAAUGUUUCAUAAAAGGCUUCAAUAUGCUGAAGAGAAUUUUUGUAAGAUCUGCCUUUUGUGUACAACUAAGUAUUUCGUUCAUAAUUUAAGACGUACCACAGUUCCUCAUGCUAAACCUAUUCCUCACGCCUUGAUCUUUGUGAUAGGCCUUCAAAAUACAGUAGUAAUCACAAAUUCCUAUAUACUCGAAAAUGUUUGUAACCUUUCGUUCACUCUAAAAUGCACCACAAUCACUCCCCUCCCAAUGCAACCGAACUCAACCCAACCCAACCCAAUCCAAUCCAGCUAAGCCCUCCCCUCGUGCCUUGAUCUUUCAGCUAACCUUUCCGACAACACUCUUAACUCUACGGCGAGGUCACGGUGGUCAUGUGAGAGUCGACACGCAUCGCCAAGUGUACUCUGUUCUACUGGCUGGCAUUAGAACAUGACCAUACCCUCGCCUCAGACUUUUAUUCUCGCUCUCUAUCCAUCCGUGCCUCUCGAAGCCUUUCACGUUAUUAGACUCGACACCCCAAUCCCACUUCCCCAAGGCUUCAAAUUACACACACACACACACACACACACACACACACACAAGGCGUUUUCCAUAUUUUCGUUUUCUGUUCGUUGUAACUCGUUUCCUUUUAGUUUUACCGUGCGCUCAGGAUGAUUUUUCUUGUUUUAUUUGUCCCCAUAUUAUUAUUAUUAUUAUUAUUAUUAUUAUUAUUAUUAUCAUUAUUUAUGGGAAUGUAGAUAUAGAGGUCCAAUAUUUUUUUCAGAGAGAUGCUAUAAAAACUAAAUAUGAUCUUGUGACAAUACAUAUAGUAAGUAUUUUUAAGCCAUCGCUGUACACUAGGAAUAGCUUAUGAUGUGAUAUGAGUUUUUUUUUUUUCGUAUAUUGUGUGCUAUUCCGACUUGUAUAAUUAUGUGUAAAUAUAUAACAAAUUUAUAU